AAUUAGGAAGUUCAUCCUUAAGAAGACAAUCUAGAUUGACAAUGUGCUGAUCUCCAAAUGAAGCAUUUUUAUUGUCUGAGCAAAGAAGAAAAUGCAUCCUUUUUGGGAGCAAAUGAACCACCAGCUUGAAAGGAAAUAUUUGAUCAAGGUAUUGAUGCACAGCCAGAGGAAUGCAUCAAAACAAUAACUCUAAUUCCUAUUAUGGCUGUUAAUUAAUGGAUGAGAAAGGAAGAGAGAAAAAGGAAAAGGGAGGAGGAGGAAGAAAUAAAUUAACAAGAGGAAAAAGAAGAAGGGCAUUGGCAAGAGUGACAGAAUAAAUUAAAAUAUCCAUAAUGCAAAGGUUACUGUAUGGACAUGAGAAAAUGGCUCCAAGGAAAGGCUCCUGGGCAACAAUGAUGCAGUUCUGCAUACCACACUUUGAGUAGCAAGGUAAUAAAAGUUGCAGAAAAUGUUGGACAUUUUCACUAAAUCAUGAAAUAAAAAAGGUGUUCUUAAUAGAUUGCUAUUUAAUGUCAUUCAAGAUCUACAAAACAUCAUUUUUGCAUGACUACUGCAAAAGGACUACUGUAAAGAAACCAGUUCCUUUUGCAAGAGGACAAUUUGGACCCUGUUUCAGAAAGCAGGGUUCUCUUUAUGAAGAAAUACCAGUGGUAAUAAAUACCUGGGGACAAAGAAAAUUUCAGUGACCAAGGAUGGCUUCUUCUUGGAGACUCAUUUUGUUUCUGUCAUUCACCGGGUAUCUUUCAGAAUAUUCCAAAGGUCUUCCUGGUCUCCCAACUUCAUAUGCUGCUUUGCUAAGAAUCAAGAAAAGUUCAUCCUCAUCUCUCUUUGGAUCAAAGACCAGACCAUGGUACAGCAGUCCUUCUUUAGGGACAUUGAGUGUUUCUUCACCAAGUUGGCGCGGGGCAGCUCAACAUUACUAUUCCCCCAUCAACCUCUACCACUCCUCAGAUGCCUUCAAACAAGAUGAAAGUGUGGACUAUGGGCCAGUGUUUGUUCAGGAACCAGAGAGUAUCAUUUUCCCAACUGAUUCUGAUGAAAACAAGGUAGCACUGAAUUGUGAAGUUCGUGCCAACCCAGUUCCCAGUUACAGAUGGAUUCGGAAUGGAACACAAAUCGAUUUGGAAAGUGAUUAUCGCUACAGUUUGAUAGAUGGCACCUUCAUUAUAAGUAAUCCAAGUGAAACAAAAGAUUCUGGUCAAUAUCAGUGUUUAGCAACCAACAGUUUUGGAAGUAUUCUUAGUAGAGAAGCCACACUUCAGUUUGCCUAUCUGGGAAAUUUUAGUGGCCGGACAAGAAGUGCAGUCUCUGUGAGGGAAGGCCAGGGGGUUGUUCUGAUGUGCUCUCCUCCGCCUCAUUCACCAGAGAUCAUCUACAGCUGGGUAUUUAAUGAAUUCCCCUCCUUUGUGGCGGAAGACAGCCGGCGGUUCAUUUCCCAGGAGACAGGCAACCUUUAUAUUUCUAAAGUGCAAACAUCAGAUGUUGGAAGCUAUAUUUGCCUGGUGAAAAACACAGUGACGAAUGCUCGAGUCCUUAGUCCUCCAACACCACUCACUCUGCGCGAUGAUGGUGUGAUGGGAGAAUAUGAGCCUAAAAUUGAGGUCCAUUUUCCUUUCACGGUUACAGCUGCUAAGGGAACAACUGUUAAGAUGGAGUGCUUUGCACUUGGCAAUCCAGUUCCAACAAUCACAUGGAUGAAGGCUAAUGGCUAUAUUCCUGGUAAGUCACGACUGCGGAAAUCUCAGGCAGUGCUGGAAAUACCAAAUGUGCAGCUGGAUGAUGCAGGAAUAUAUGAAUGCAGAGCUGAAAACGCACGUGGAAAAAAUUCAUUCCGUGGACAAUUACAAAUAUACACCUACCCACACUGGGUAGAAAAACUGAAUGAUACCCAGUUGGACAGUGGGAGCGCCCUCCAAUGGGAAUGCAAGGCCACUGGGAAGCCCAGGCCCACAUACCGCUGGCUGAAGAAUGGAGUGCCUCUCUUGCCUCAGAAUAGAGUCAACACAGCUAAUGGAGUAUUGAUGAUCCACAGUGUAAACCAGUCUGAUUCUGGGAUGUAUCAGUGUUUGGCUGAAAAUAAAUAUGGUGCUAUUUAUGCUAGUGCUGAGCUGAAGAUUCUAGCUUCAGCUCCUACUUUUGCACUGAAUCAACUGAAGAAAACAAUAAUCGUUACCAAAAACCGAGAAGUCAUAAUAGAAUGCAAACCUCAAGGCUCUCCAAAACCAAACAUCUCUUGGAAGAAGGGAGAUAAAGCAGUUAGAGAGAACAAAAGACUAGCUAUUCUUCCAGACGGGAAUCUACGGAUCCUAAAUGCAUCUAAAUCAGAUGAGGGAAACUACGUUUGCAAAGGGGAAAACAUCUUUGGUUCUGCUGAAAUUGUAGCUUCAGUGUCUGUAAAAGAACCUACAAGGAUAGAACUUACUCCAAAAAGAACAGAGUUAACAGUAGGAGAAAGCAUCGUCCUUAAUUGCAAAGCAAUUCAUGAUGCUAGUUUGGAUGUCAAUUUCUACUGGACACUGAAAGGACAGCCCAUUGAUUUUGAGAAAGAAGGUGGACAUUUUGAAAACAUCAGGGCCCAAGCAUCCUCUGCAGAUUUAAUGAUCAGGAACAUCCUUCUGAUGCAUGCUGGGAGAUAUGGCUGCAGGGUACAGACCACAGCAGACAGUGUGUCAGAUGAGGCAGAACUUCUUGUUAGGGGUCCCCCAGGCCCACCAGGGAUAGUAAUUGUUGAGGAAAUCACCGAAAGCACAGCCACACUGUCCUGGAGUCCAGCAGCUGACAACCACAGUCCAAUCUCCUCCUAUAACCUGCAGGCUCGCAGCCCCUUCUCCCUGGGCUGGCAAACUGUGAAGACAGUCCCAGAAACUAUAACAGGAGACAUGGAAUCAGCAAUGGCAGUGGACUUAAAUCCUUGGGUGGAAUAUGAAUUUCGAGUAGUGGCCACCAAUCCAAUUGGGACUGGAGAUCCAAGCACCCCAUCACGACUGAUCCGCACAAAUGAAGCAGUUCCAAAGAUAGCACCUACCAAUGUAAGUGGAAGAAGUGGAAGAAGACACGAGUUGGUCAUUGCCUGGGAGCCAGUAUCUGAAGAGUUUCAGAAUGGGGAAGGUUUUGGCUAUAUUGUGGCUUUCAGACCCAAUGGAACACGAGGCUGGAAGGAAAAAAUGGUGACAUCCUCUGAAGCUUCCAAAUUCAUCUAUCGAGAUGAAAGUGUCCCUCCGCUGACUCCCUUUGAAGUGAAGGUUGGCGUUUAUAACAAUAAAGGGGAUGGACCUUUCAGUCAAAUUGUGGUCAUCUGUUCAGCUGAAGGAGAACCCAGUGCUGCUCCUACUGAUGUCAAGGCUACAAGUGUGUCUGUGUCAGAGAUUCUUGUUGCAUGGAAACAUAUUAAAGAGAGUCUAGGAAGACCACAGGGAUUUGAGGUUGGUUACUGGAAAGACAUGGAACAAGAAGAUGCAGCAGAAACAGUCAAAACCAGGGGGAAUGAGACAUUCGUCAUCCUGACAGGAUUAGAAGGAAAUACUUUAUAUCACUUUACAGUGAGGGCUUACAAUGGAGCCGGAUAUGGGCCACCUAGCAGUGAAGUGAGUGCAACCACCAAGAAAUCCCCCCCUAGUCAAGCACCUAGCAACCUCAGGUGGGAGCAUCAAGGGUCUCAGGUUUCUCUGGGCUGGGAGCCCGUCAGACCUUUAGCCAAUGAAUCUGAAGUCCUGGGUUACAAGGUUUUUUAUAGGCAAGAAGGUCACAGUGACAGCCAAGUUAUUGAAACACAAAAACCACAAGCAGUAGUACCACUCCCUGAUGCUGGAGUCUAUAUUAUUGAAAUCCGAGCAUACAGUGAAGGAGGAGAUGGAACAGUUAGUUCCCAAAUCAGGGUAUCAUCAUAUUCAGGUGGGAAGAUCACAAGCGCUCAGUCAACCCUUCAUGCUCUCUCCAUAUCGUCAUCAGUAGGAACACUGCUCUUGGCAUUGAUGAUUCCUUCAACCUCCUGGUGAAACUCCUGGUUUAAUUUGCUUUUAUUUGCUUUAGCUUAAAAACAGCGGGGAAUAGAAUGUGUAAGUGGAGAGCCAGGAUCCUGAGAUGAGCUUUACAACCUUGGGACUACACGUGGUGCACUUAUAGGAGGUUGGGGGUAGGAGAAAUAUUACUUAUCCAUCAGGUUGCUGUUUGACUUUUGUAAAUGGAGAGGACAGUUCUUGGUCCAAUAAAAAUAUGCAGAUUGUAUGUAAUGAAUUUUUGUAAGCAAAGGUAAUUUCUGUCAAAUGUAUUCUUAAUUUUAUAUAUGUUGAAUUUGAUUUUAUAUCUGAUGACUGUGUGCCAUCCAUUUUUUAAGAAAAUGGUCUCUAGCAGAUCUAUUUCAAAAACAAAUAUAAUGUUGACAAUGGAAAGAUUUCUUAAGACUCUGAAUCCAGUUUUUUUCAUUUUCCCUUCAGCUGACCAUUAUAAUUGCCAAACGUGGAAAUAUGAAAAAUACUUUGGCAAUAAGGUCCAUCACAGGAUAAAUACACAAAAAAUUCUCAAAAAAUAUUAUACAAUUGCAUAGUGUAAUAGCAAGUUUUGUCAAUAUGUUAUUCUAUAUUCACCCCUAGAGCAAGUUAUUAGGGUAAAGAAUAAGCCAUUUUUAUUAGGGCAAGGUAAAGAGUGAAUCCAAAUGAACUUACUCUUAAGCACUAGGUUAUAUAGCAGCAAAUAUAGUAAAUGUUCAUUUUUAAUAUCAAAAGAUAUCUUAAAGUCACAAGAAUAUAUGGUCACUAAAGACUACAAACAAUGUCAUGCUGCCACAGGUGCUAAUUUAAAAAUACAGUGAAUAUGGAACAAAGCUUUCUCAUUUCUCUAACUAUUCAUCUAACUUCAAACAGAUGUUGAAUCAAGUCCAAGGCUAUCUUAAUUGAAAAUAAUUUUAAGCACAGUAAAAUUUUUGUUGUACAAAUAAUUAUACACACAUAUAGUCUGUGAAUUAAAAUGAUUCAAAGCAAAUAAAUUUUGAUUUUAGACAGUUUUAUACACCAUAUGCCACUUACAAAUUCUGGUUAACUACUAAAAUAAAGAGGAUUUACUGGAUACGUUGAUUUUUAAAAUUAAUCUUUGGAAACAUGGUAUCAGUAUAAGGGCUUGGGUAGUGUAGCCCACCAUGCUUAAUUCUGUGGCUUGGGAAAUGAUCCCUACUUGCUAUUUUGAGGCAUCAACUUGAAUCUAAGUGAUCCUAAGUAGUUAUUAGAAAGCUAAAUGAAAUUGUUCCACUUGGUGAGAUAUGCUAAAGCAGUUAUUACAUCCAUGAAAUGGAUGAAAUGAAUGAAAAAAUAGUUACGGUAACUUCAUUUGCCAGAAAAGAGCCUGAAGAAACUAGUUUCACAGGUGAUAACAUGUGUUUUGUCUCCUUUUCAUUUUCUUUGUAAAGUCCAAACCCAUUAACUCUAUUUGCAUCCCUAAUGACAAACAAACCAAAACAAAACUGAAUUCAAAUUGCUGGCUCUAGAGGUUAAUAUUUGUAGAAUCAGAAGACAAAUGAAAGUUUAUAUUCUGAACACCCUAAGUUUAUUUUCAAAGCUAUAGUAUAACUACAUAUGGCAAUUACUCAUUGGUUUGGAGAAAAUUAUAACCAAGACAAGCAAAAACAAACAAUAAGUGAUUUAUAAGACUAUGUGAGUCAACAGAUUUUUUUUUUUGGUACCGGGGAUCAAACUCAGGUCCUUGUGCUUGCAAGUCAGGUGGUGGAACUACUGAGCUAAAUCCCCGGCCCCAACAGAUUAGUAUAGUAAAUAUUACAGAUGGUGAAUAUUUAAGCCUUGAAUAAUAACAACCCAAUGACCUUUCUUGAAUGUCUCCUUUAUUGUAAAAGAGGCUGGACUCAGCAAUUAGAGGGAUGCUAACUGUUUAGUGAGCAAAAUGUGCGCUCUCCCCAUUAAGAUGUAAUAUCUUACAAGAACAAAUUGUGGAUCUAAGAAAUGAAGGAUAUUUAAAAUUGAAAAUAACUGUUUCUAUUUGAUAAAUUAACAUCUCCAUGAUGUUCUAAACUAAAUUUAGUGAUGUACUUUAAGAAUCAAGUUAUUACUAACACUCUUACAAAACAAACCCCAGUUAAAUAUAAUAAUGUCAAUAUGUGGUAAAUUCAAAUUUAACAAUAAUUCCAAAUAGCUGAUGGAUGGUACCAUAUCUGACAGAAUAUUUAUGUAUCCAAUGUCUGUUUUAUUCUUAACAGGAAUCAGAGAUAUGGGAUGUUUUUACUCAACAUGCACAAAAUAUGUAUUUUGCAUCAUAAAUCUAUUUAAAAAACAGGUUCCAAUGUUUAUGUACUUAUGUAUUACAUAUUUGUUACUUCAUAGAAGCAAAUAGCAUUCCUUAUCCUGGUACAUUAUUUUUCAGCUAUAGUACUCAGUGAACUUUUUCUUGGUUGGGAUAGUAACCACACAGUCUUAAAUCACUAGAGAGACUGUAUUUUUUUAUAUCAAUUGAACUAUGAAGAACACUCCUUACAAUUAGAAAUUUCUUGAAAGCAAAUGUUUUGCGUAUCCAGCUGAAGGUACUGUGGAUUCCAUGACAAACCUUUAAAUAUAUUGUAUACAAUCUGUAUAUAUACUAUAUAUAAUAGUAUAUAACAUGUG